UGACAAAAUUUUGACUCCUGCUUCUUUCCGUUUAUAUCCUUACGUGGCAGUGUCUCGCUCAAUCUAGCCUGUUAGCUAGGAAGUGGACAAUCGAUUCUACAAUUUGUACUUGUUCUGAGUCUUCUGCUUCGAUACAUGUACAGUCUUAAGGAAUAUUUAAAAGUACGAGUAGAGGGAUAAACCACAACUGCCACGUAACGCUAGCUAAAAUAUAAAAAUGUUCACGGCUUCAGAGAUCGUUGUUCUCCUUGGGUUCUUGUCUGCCACAGCGUCCGGCUACUUCGUUAGCAUAGAUGCUCAUGCCGAUGAGUGUUUCCAUGAGCGUGUCAACUCAGGAACCAAGAUGGGCCUGAUGUUUGAAGUGGCAGAGGGAGGCUUUUUGGAUAUUGACGUUGAGAUAACAGGACCUGAUGGCAAGCAGAUCUAUAAAGGGGACCGAGAGUCCAGUGGGAAGUACUCAGUGGCAGCUCAUAUGGAUGGGACUUACAAGUUCUGCUUCAGCAACAAGAUGUCCACCAUGACACCCAAGAUUGUCAUGUUCACCAUUGACAUUGGAGAGGCCCCUAAGGGACAGGACAUGGAGACAGAAGAUGGAGAGAGUUGGAAUGCUCACCAGAACAAGCUAGAGGAGAUGAUCAAUGAGCUGGCGGUAGCCAUGACAGCAGUCAAGCACGAGCAGGAGUACAUGGAGGUCCGGGAAAGGAUACACAGAGCCAUCAAUGACAACACAAACAGCAGGGUGGUUCUAUGGUCGUUCUUCGAAGCCCUGGUCCUGGUGGCCAUGACACUAGGACAGAUCUACUACCUGAAGAGAUUCUUCGAGGUGCGGCGAGUGGUGUAACACCUCAAACCUUCCCCCUGAGACUUCCUGUUCCACUGUUGUCUCCAGCACAGAGACAGCGAAUCAGUCACAGAUUGGAAAAAAGACUCUUGCAUAAUUCAGUAAAAGUCUGGGUACAAAUUGGAUCUUUUAAGUUUUUAUUUCUGUUUUAUUUUGACCCCUUUUGUUGUUACCAUCUGUAUCAAUGUGCUUCUUACUGUCUGUCCUAUGCAAUUUGAACUCAAGGCCUUUCAGAGAUCUUAGGGUCGAUGAUGUCAAGUCAGAACUAUUUUCUCAUCAUUGAGGAAGCAAAUUAUUUGUUAGGUUUACCCCUCAGAGCUUGGUCAACUGCAACUAUCAGCCAUAUACUAGCCUGGCAGUAUGUCUGUCUGUCUGUCGGUUGUCAGCAGAUUGGCUGUAUCAAGUAAGAAAACUGGGACUUGCAUUCAAAGAUACACACUAAUGGUUAAGAAAUUAUUGCAGUACCAGUGAAGAAUGUAACCCAUAUUUUACCUGUUGUUUGGACCCUUUUUCAAAUAAUAUGUAGUUUAACAUAAAAUAUGCAGAAUGCAUUGGUUCCAGGUGAAACACCUAGGGUUUGUUCAGGAGAGUGAAAUAUUGCAGGAUACUCAAGUAGAAAUGUGUUCGGCAGAACUGACAUUCUUUUAUGUUGAAUAAAAAAUUGUCUGCUCUAUAGAUCUUAGUUCUAUCUGCAACUUUCAGAAAGUUGUAUCCUCCUAAGUAUCUGAGUGAUUUGCAUUAUCUGGAUGGCAGAUGUUUUUGUUCUUAUUGCUAUUAUCAUAAAUCCAUGGCACAUAA